CUUUCUUUAGUAGUAGGGGAAAUUUAUUAAUUUUGGUCUGUCUGUCCACUCAUCUGUUUGUCAUUCUGUCUGUGUGUAACACUUGUUUGCAUGUAAUAUCUCUUGAAGGCUUCAUCCACCUGUAAGGAAAUUAUUAUACCAAAACUCCCCAAGACCUAUAAAGACCCCAGUUGAUUUUAAGAUCAAAGGAUUUUAAGGUCAAGGUCAAUACCAGGAAGCUGGGAGUGUGGUAUGUUAUCAGUAGGACUGAGAUAACACUAUCUAGAGGAGGGUAUUAUCAACAGACCACAGUACACAGGAAUCAACUAAAACACUAGUCUACCUUUUAGGGAUUAAUGUGACCUGUUAUUAAAUAGGAUUUGAGGUCUGGAGGUGAUGCCAUGGACUGUAGGCUGUUACUGAUUGUCAGUUUGAUUGUGCCUGUCUCCAGUGCAAUUACUGAGAGCCACCAGCAGCUUAGGGCAAACAGUGUCGGAACCAUAACUAGAACUGGUGCAGGAUGUUCAACUCUACAGCAUGCAUCCUUGCUUCAAAUUCAAGAAAAUACUGAUCCAGGUAUUCCUCUGUUCAACAUCACAGGAGUAUCAGAUCUUUAUUUUAUGGAGAAUCAUGAUGGCUUUGAACUUGAAAAAACAGAGAAUCAAUCAAUUUGGUUAAUAAAAGCAAAUCGUAGUUUUGACUUUGAAUCAUUACCAAAACAACAAAAUAUUGGGUUUAAAGUUCAAUGCGAAGACUCUGUAAGUAUACUCACAUGUUUUGGAGAAAGUUUCAUUAUUCUGUGGACGUCCACAUAAGAAAC